AUGUCUGGAAUGUGGGCGAUUGACAGCGGUACAACACAUCACAUCUGCUAUGACAAGUCCAAGUUCGAAGUUAUGGACGAGCGCAAUGAAGGUGAAGUGUUGGUUGCAGAGGCGAGCAAGGCUGCGAUCAACGGUGUUGGGACGAUCGUCGAAAAGGUGGUCCUUUUCAAUGGUGAAGAGCGCGAUGUUGAAAAGACAGCGGCUGUGAAGAAGACACCUCGUCAAGCUGCGUCAAGUGUUGAAGCAAGUGGAAGACCAAGCUUCGCUAUACCGGUGGGUACCGGUAUGUACCAGUAA